AUGUCCUUCCCGGAUAAAGACGCACGCGAAAAGUGUUGGACCGCUCGGGAUCAGUACUGGGCUUGUUUAGACAAGUACGCGCCAGAAUAUCAAUGCACUUCCCAGGCUCCGGAACCGAAGGAGUGCUUACACCUCCGUAAGCUGUAUCAGCAGGGUUGUCCUGCCCAAUGGGUGAAGCAUUUCGACCGCAAACGAACGUACGAGCAGUUCAAACAAAAAAUGGCCAAAGGAUAUGAACCAUUGAACGAAACAAAAAACUAGUUUUAGAGCAGCAGCAGCUCGUGUACCAUACUUAUUAAGACUCUUCAUUUCAUUCGUUAGACUAUCGGAUGUUAGGAGUGCGAUGGAAUAGUGGGUGAUUACCAAAUAAAGUUA